ACGUCGGUGAUCAUAUGACACGGAUACAGGAAGUGAGUGUGACAGUGAAGAUGAGCGUUUCUCUGGAUAUCCGACUGAAACGAGCGAAUAAAGUUUAUCAUGAGGGGGAGUUGUUGUGUGGUGUUGUGGUGAUCUGCAGUAAAGACCCGCUGCAGCAUCAAGGUGUUUCUCUCAGUAUGGAGGGACUCGUGAACCUGCAGCUCAGUUCAAAGAGUGUCGGUGUGUUCGAGGCGUUUUACAACUCUGUCAAGCCCAUUCAGCUGGUGUCGAGUGUGAUUGAGGUGGUAAAAGCUGGGAAAGUUCCUGCAGGCCGAACGGAGAUCCCAUUUGAGUUUCCUUUGCAGCCGAAGGGCAACAAAGUCUUAUAUGAGACUUACCACGGGGUGUUUGUCAACAUUCAGUACACACUCCGCUGUGACAUGCGCCGCUCGCUGCUCGCCAAAGACUUGAGCAAAACCUGUGAAUUUAUGGUGCAUUGUCAGUCGCAGAAGUCAAAGUUGCAGCCGAGUCCAGUUGAUUUCACCAUCACACCACAAACGCUGCAGAACGUCAGAGAGAGAAGCUCGUUACCAAAGUUCAUGAUCCGGGGUCACCUGGAUGCCACCAGCUGUGUGAUCACACAACCUCUGACCGGUGAGCUGGUGGUGGAGAGUUCAGAGGUCGCCAUCAAGAGCAUCGAGCUGCAGUUGGUCAGAGUUGAAACCUGCGGCUGUGCUGAGGGAUACGCCAGAGACGCCACAGAGAUCCAGAACAUUCAGAUCGCAGAAGGAGAUGUUUGUCACGGUCUGUCCAUCCCCAUUUACAUGGUGUUCCCUCGACUCUUCACCUGUCCCACACUAGAAACCACCAACUUCAAAGUCGAGUUUGAGGUGAAUGUUGUGAUCGUUCUUCAUGACGAUCAUUUGAUCACAGAAAACUUCCCGCUGAAGUUGGUCCGAGUUUGAGAUGAUUCCAGAUCACUGAAGACUCUUUUGAACAGCGCAGAUGUGGAUAUAUGACACAGUGAUU